CGGUUUGGGAGGGUACGGGAAAUCCAGUGAGAUUACUCAAGUGAAGCCGGAGACACAGCACACAUCGCCGGCCUGCCAUGACGCAAAACUCCGCUAGCAAGCUUCUGAAUGGAGACACCGUGCACCGGACGAAACAAGACAAGAAAGCGGGCGGAAAUGGGUUCGUGAAGAACCACUGCUUGUUCCAGCAGAAGCGAUACCGCCGCCCGGCGGAGAAGAACCAUCAUGCUUCAUGCACUUCGCUUUAUAAAAAGCCAUUUGUGGAGUCGUUUGAGGAGACGCCGCUGCUGGUUGCCGUCCUCACCUACAUGGGCUACGGCAUCCUUACCAUUUUUGGCUAUCUGCGAGACUUCCUGAGGGACUGGAAGUUUGAGAAAUGUCAUCUGGCCAGAGAGAGAGAAGAACAGAAGGAUUUUGUUCCUCUGUACCAGGACUUUGAGAACUUCUACACCAGGAAUCUGUACAUGAGGAUCAGAGACAACUGGAACAGGCCCAUACGCAGCGUCCCUGGAGCCAAGAUGGACCUUGUGGAGCGGGUCACACCUGACUACAACUGGACCUUUGAACACACAGGAAAGGUUCUGAAAGAUGUUAUUAAUAUGGGCUCGUAUAACUACCUCGGCUUUGCUGAGAAUACCGGCACGUGCGCUGAUGCUGCUUCUGAGUGCGCUGUGAAAUAUGGCGUGGGGGUGUGCAGCUCCAGGCAAGAGACAGGAAAUCUUGAUAAGCAUGAAGAGCUGGAGAAGCUGGUGGCCAGGUUUUUAGGGGUGGAGUCAUCCAUGGUCUUUGGAAUGGGCUUUGCUACAAAUUCCAUGAAUAUUCCUGCGCUCAUGGGAAAAGGCUGUCUGAUCUUAAGUGAUGAGCUCAAUCAUGCAUCUCUGGUUCUGGGUGCCCGUCUCUCUGGCGCUACCAUCCGUGUAUUUAAACACAACAAUAUGCAAAGUCUGGAGAAGUUGCUCCGGGAUGCUAUCGUUCAUGGCCAACCUAGAAUCCACCGGCCCUGGAAGAAGAUCCUCAUCCUCGUUGAGGGAAUUUACAGCAUGGAGGGCUCAAUAGUGCGACUUCCUGAGAUCAUUGCCCUAAAGAAGAAAUACAAAGCCUACCUGUAUCUGGAUGAGGCCCACAGCAUAGGGGCACUAGGACCAAGAGGCAGUGGUGUAGUGGACUACUUUGGCCUGGAUCCAUGUGACGUUGACAUCAUGAUGGGCACUUUCACAAAGAGCUUUGGUGCUGCUGGAGGAUACAUCGGAGGAAAGAAGGACCUGGUUGAUUACCUUCGCUUACAUUCUCACAGUGCAGUUUAUGCUACUUCAAUGUCCCCACCCAUCACCCAGCAGAUUAUCACUUCAAUGAAGUGCAUUAUGGGAGAGGAUGGCACCACAUUAGGAAAAGUAAACUCGAUGACUCAGCGAUUGGUUACACAUGCUGACUCCAGGCAGCAAACUCAGUUUCACCCAUGACUGAUUUAGCAGGGCGUUCGCUUGGAAAACCACAUCUAUAUCCCAAACACACACACACACUGCAUCU